UGUCCGGAUCCCUAGCCUAACCUUCGCGUACGCCAGCGAGGCUGGGAGGCACCAUGCCCCCAUUCGGCUAUUUCGCUCUCUUGCUCCUGGCUGCUAGCGCCGUAGCCGAAUCGAUCCGUGAGACAGAAGUGAUGGACCCCCGGGACCUCUAUGAAGCUCACUACUUCUCUGGAGACCUGCCAGAUGAUGAGGAUGUGGGAGGGGCCCUUCUGGAACAAGAGCCUGAUGACUUUGAACUGUCCGGCUCGGGAGAUACAGAUGAUACCGAGUCAUCUGAGACAUUGCUUAACACGCUUCAGCCAUUGGUGCCCCUGGAUAACCACAUCCUUGAGCAGACUGAGCCUUCAAGCCAGGAUCCUAAGGACUCUGAAGAGCUGGAGGAGAAUGAGAUCCUUACCAAGAAGUUUUCUUUUAAGGAAGAAAAUAUAAGUAACAAAGUGUCGAUGUCUAGCACUGCCCAAGGCAGCAUCUUUGAGAAGACGGAAGUCUUGGCAGCUCUGAUUGCUGGUGGUGCUGUGGGUCUCCUGUUUGCCAUAUUCCUGGUCCUGUUGCUGAUCUACCGAAUGAAAAAGAAGGAUGAAGGCAGCUAUGAUCUGGGCAAGAAGCCCAUCUACAAGAAAGCCCCUACCAAGGAGUUCUACGCAUGAGGCCCUCCAGUGGGCAGCAGAGCAUAGACUUUACGGGUGGGGAAGGGAGGGUUGGCACCUCAGUGGGAGGGGGAGGCACUGACCAACCAGAGUGUCUCCACUGUUUCUUUCUGCUUAUUUCCCCCUCUUCCCACAAAGUGGAUGCUUUUGCGUUUGGGAGAGUGGAGUAGGUUAUAUAAGAGAAAAUUUUCCCCUUCCUUAUCCCCACCCUCUCCCCUCCCUCCUGUUCCUUUACCAGUUCCUCAUAUCUCUCUGAGCCUCAAUUGUUUCAUAUAAAAAUGGCAAUAAUUCUCUAGCCUGAAAGUCAGAGCUGGAUAAGGAAAUCACUUGAAAUCCUUUUCUGCUCUGAUCUUAGAAUUUUAUGAUACCUGGUCUAAUAUUGGGCAUUCUGGAGUCUGAUUUGAGAGGGGAUAGUUGGAGGAAGGAGAGGGGAACUAGAUAGACUCCAACCCUUUUGGGGGGGGGGCAGUAUAGGCAGGGUCCUACAGGUCUCUCAUUUCUGUCCAGAACAAGCUGUCCUUUUAUGUAGGGGUGGGCCAGGGCCCCACCCCAUAUCUUCAAGGCAUUGUGAUUGGUGGAGGAGAGGGAAGUGAAGCUAUUAACACCUAGAGAUGUUUAUGACCACCCCAUAGCAAUGUAUUACUGUAGGGUAACAUCAGGGAGAAGAAAUAGUGGGAAACAGCAGCUCUUAUGUAAAAACCAGGGAAAAGACAUCGGGGACAAGUUGUCUUGGCCUGUUGAGGACUCCUUUUAUAACUUCUUUUGAGGGUAGGGUGAGUAGGUAGAGAGAGCAUACAAACACAGGUGAAUGCUUACAUAGAAGUGAUUUGUAGAGUUUUCUCUUAAGAAGAAAAAAGAACUUUUGAAAAAAUAACUUUCCAAUUUUUGAAGAGUUAAUUCCUUGGGGUAGAGGCUGCUCCUGCCCUGGUGCAUGGUGGGAGAUACCAGCUUGGGUGGGCUUUGCCUCCAGCAUCUUUCUAGCACCUGCUGUGGCCUGUCUAUUUAUGUGUCUUUUUUUUUUUGUUUUUGUUUUUGUUUUGUUUUUGUUUGAAAUGAGGGGAGAGCCUGGGGUGUGAUUUUUAUGAAAAUUUUUUUUAUUAUUUAUGGACACUCCUUACCUCUCUGAUCCCUUCCUUUUUGAUACUUCAGACCCUGUCCUCCACCUCAACCCCUUCCAAGGUUAUCCUUUCACAUCAAGAAAAUAGAUUCUUGCAGAUCCCAAAUUGUGUUCGUGUUGUAGGCAAUGGUGGGCCUUUGUUUAUUUUAGUAUGUAAUAUAUUGUUCUUUCUCCUCAGUUCUAGAUAGAGAUAUAUUUUUCGAGUAAAACGUGUGAUUUAAAGAGUAUAAAAUAGGUUGGGUGGGUGGAUGGGAGUUCUUGAGUGGUUGACUUCAGCUCUCAAUUCUUUCCCUGACCUCUUCCUCUGGUGCCUUCUCCCAAUUUGAAUGGCGGCAGUAGCCAUGGUGUUGAGAGUUGGUUGGCCUUAGUCUGAGAUCCUGGAGGUAGGGGACUUGACUGGGACUAUUGGUUGAGGCAUUGUCCUGAACCAUCUCCUUAUAGGUGAGAGCAGAAAAAUCCCAGACAGUCAGCCCCAAGGAUCAUCUCUGGUGAAGAGAGAAGGGCCUUCUGGGGACUCCCUUUCCCACCACCACCCUGCUGGCUGGGGUGGGUAGCUCUUCCCAACCUGCCCAUGCUCUUGCUCCCUUGGGACAGCUACUCCCUGAUCUGACUUGAUUUCCCUAUCCCCUACCUGCCCUAGGACUCCAGCUGGCUGGGUCUCUGCCCUCUUCCUUCAUCGAUACCCCCACCCAACUCCCUGUUGCCCCCUGCUGUGACUGAGUGGUGGGAGUGGGCACUUCCUGCCUUUUUGUAGUUGCCUUUCACUGUGUCUGUUACUGAUAUUUUGGAUAAAAAUAAAAAGCUUUCUCAAA